AUGGAAGACUCGUUUGCAACGGGCGAAUUGCAGCAGCCUGAGGGGAGCCUGGCUGCACACUUGAGAUGGGAGCCUGAGAACCUCACUGCGGGGUUCCACCAGUCUGAGCAAUGGUCAUUUGACAUUCUAGAUUUCUGGCUAGAUGCGGGUGGCCAAUACAAGCAUCCAACCUGUGGCGACGGAAUGGAUCUUCGCGUUGGAGAGAUGGUCUCCGAGCUCGCUAAAACGCACCAGGCUUUGUCCAAACAGGAAGGCUUCGACUGGAAGCUCGCUGCAAACGUAUUCACCGUCGGCAAUCUUCAGACCUUCGUCGGUCAAUACUUCCGUUAUGUGCACCCAUACAAUCCUGUCAUGCACCCGUCUUCGUUCAACUAUGGCACCACCCAGACACAUCUGCUUCUGGCCAUUUUCAUGUUUGGAUCAGCCUUCUCCGCCCCCGAUGACUCGGCAAUCGCGGCAACCUCUUUCUUCGAUCUUGCAGAGGAGUACAUCUUCAGCCACGCCAUCUUCACUCUGGGCAUCCGGGAAAAUGCUCAGGGGGAUCAGCAGAAAGUGAUAUCGAGAGUCGAGAUCGAUAUCCUCCAAGCAGCCCAAAUCAUCCACACUCUGCAAGGCGCCAGGAAUCACUGCGAAACACGGCGCCGGAUAAGGGUGUUCCGGCACCCGCAGCUUGUUGCCGCCGUCCGCCAGUACGGACUGCUGCGCUUUAAACGUGACCGCCGGAUCUGUAGCUCUGAUGAAUACUUUCGAGAAGAGUGCAUUCUGAGGUAA